AUGUCAUCUCGUCUUUUUAAAGGCCCGAAGAACGGCAUUUGCAAAGCUCAAUCAGCGAUUAGGAGCGAUAAGAAACUUUCCAAGCUCGCAGAACAGGGGUUUUUGGCACUGGACGAUACCAUUCCUUGGUCCAAGAAAGAUAGUUGUGCGCAGCAAGCUGUAUUUGUCGGUGAGACAGGCAAAUUUGCAAAUCACGAAGACGCCCCACACCAUCAUACGAGUACCACAGAUGAGCAAUAUCCCGAGCCCAAAAAGCAGACUUAA